GAACUGUGCGGUGAUCUGAUUGUUUCCGGGCAUACAAUAUCGUUGUUCACGGCAACCUUGGCUUUCAAGCAAUACUGCCCCAGGCGAUUGUAUUAUUUGGCUCAGCUGUACAAUGUUGGCGCAUUUAUUGCUAUUUUCUGUAUAUUGCUGUCAAGAAAGCACUACACUAUUGAUGUUCUACUUGCUUAUUUGUUAGCCACACGUGUUUUUUGGACUUAUCACUCAUUGUCACAUUCCUAUCAUCAAAAUGAUUUCGAUCAAAAUCCUUUGAAUCAAGCAGCUUGGGCUAUCAUUGUACCGUAUCUGGAAGCAGAUUCACCUCCGCCUCAGUAUUUCUUCAACCAGCUCGAAUGGCCUUCUGGCUGCCCACAGCGAUUCCGGAAGCGGUGUCCGUGA